AUGGCUCGAGAAGUAUCCUCUAAACGAAGGAGCGAAUUGCGUGGUCGCGACAGAGAUAGAAGAGAUGAUAGACAGGAUAGAAGCGAAGAAGCCAUGGUGAAAUUGCAGCGUGAGAAGAAAGCUGAACAGUUAGAAGCAUGGGCGACCCAGAAAGAUCAAUUUUACGUUGAGCAAGCAAGACUGAGAUCAAGGAUCAAGAUAGCUAAUGCCAGAGCAAAACCUAUUGAUCUUCUUGCAAAAUAUAUCAAUUCAGAAGAAGAAGAAGAAGUGGAUUUUGUCGAGAUGGAUGAACCCUACACCUAUCUCAAUGGUCUAUCAAUUAAAGAGUUGGAAGACCUUGUUGAAGAUAUUAAGGUCUAUAUGAAACUGGAAAAAGGAAAGAAUUUAGAUUACUGGAAUGAUAUUACUGUUAUUGUUGAAAAUGAAUUGUUUAAGCUGAGGAAAAUGGAAAAAAAAUCAGACAAUGAAGCAGCUGUCGAAAGAAGAGAAGGUAUUCAUAAAUCUGUAGCUAAAGUCUUCCGAGGUAAAACAGCAUCACAACUUACGGUCAUGAUAAAACAGAUUGAGAAGAAAAUCAUUGAUAAAGAAGAAGGAACUGAUAUUGGAUAUUGGCAAUCUCUUGUUUCCCAUCUAAAAGCUCGUAUGGCACGAGAUCGUCUCAGAGAUAAACAUCUUCGGAUACAUGCAGCUUUUUACAGACGGAUAUUUACAUUACUUGAAGUAAAACAAAGACAGCAAGAACAAGAAAUAGGAGAAGAGCAUAGAGGAAGUGAUGAGGAUGCUGGGGAGUCAAUGUUAAAAGAAAGUUUUGGAGAGAACCAUGCUGGAGCAUUCUCGCCAGUUUGUAUUGAUCCUGCAAAUCUCAAACGUGGAGUUCUUACCAUCGGUGAAAAGGAGGAUGCUGAGAGGCUAGAGUAUGCUAGGCACCACCUUACCUCACAGGAAAGUCAGGUGGAAGCUACAUCUGAAGAAUUGGCAACACUAAGAGAAGCAUGUAAAGGCAUAUCUAGUGAUGAAGCCAUAUUUUCAGUUGAAUCUACUCUCGAUUCUCAAGUGUGCCUGUGA